ACACCUUUGCUUCACAUGCAUGCACGCCAUAUUAACCAAAUUUGCCUUGCUAGCUACUCCGGCUAAUGCAAUGGCCUCCAGCUAUAUAUAUAUAGUCUGACUUGUGCCUUUUGACAGAAGCUUGAACAAGACUACAAGAGUCAAAGAGAAUAGAAAUGAAAGCAAACACAGUGAUCAUACUAGUUCUUUUGCUAACCCAUUCCCUCACAGAAGCUCAAUCACAUCCCAAACACAACCACCAAAGCAAAGAAGAUGAACAAAAGAGAGGAAUCGUUAAUAGAAGCAGAAGCAGAAGCAGAAGAAGAGGAAGCUGUGACCCAUUAUACCAAUACCUCUUUGAAACCUGUGGCCGAUGGCCUUUUCCAACCUCUCCUUGCCCAGACAACCCAUUUGCUCCAACACCAAGACCAUCUCCUCCCCCAAAUCCACCACCAAUACUGCAGUGUCCUCAACCGCCUUUGCCGCCGCCAAUAGUGCAGUGUCCUCCACCACCUUUGCCACCACCAAUAGUGCAGUGUCCUCCACCGCCUUUGCCACCACCAAUAGUGCAGUGUCCACCACGUUUGCCGCCACCAAUACUGCAGUGUCCUCCACCAGUACCCCUCGUAAUUCCUUCACCUCCACCACCAUCGCCAUCACCACCGCCACCACCUUCUCCGCCACCGCCACCACCUUCUCCGCCACCUCCAUCCCCAUCACCGCCACCGCCGUUAGUUGCUUCUCCACCGCCACCGCUACUCCUGCCGCCACCAAUACCUGUCAUAUUUGAGCCACCGCCACCGCCGUUAGUUGCUUCUCCACCGCCACCGCUACUCCUGCCGCCACCAAUACCUGUCAUAUUUGAGCCACCGCCACCGCUACUCCUGCCGCCACCAAUACCUGUCAUAUUUGAGCCACCACCAUUGCUAGUUUCUUCCCCACCACCUCCUGGACUAAUAUUCCCAUGGCUAACACCUCCAGAUACAGCAACAGAGUCUCCAUCCUUUCCAAUAUUUUCCCCACCACCUCCUGGACUAAUAUUUCCAUGGCUAACACCUCCAGAUACAUCAACAGAGUCUCCAUCCUUUCCAUUAUUUUCCCCACCGCCCUUUUUUGAUCCUAUACCAGAAGCUCCAGAGGUACUUCUGCCACCUCCCUUUCCCAACUUACCCCCAGAUCAAUUUUCACCACCUCUCACGUCAACCCCAACUGCACCAGACACCGGGGUGAUUCAGACACCGGACUUUCCUUUUCCACAGCCGCCGGAUACCUUUCUGCGGCCUCCUUCGUCGAUUAUUCCUGAAGUUCCCGAUGUUCCACAAGAUCCACUUCCGUUUUCGUCGACGCCACCAUCACCGGAUACGGUGUUUGAUGAACCAGUGCAGCCGCUACUGCCACCACCACUUCCUUUCUUGCCUCCUUUUCAGCUUCCACCGCCAGCUGAUUCGCCUCCAUUUAAGCAUUGAUAUAUUCGUCUGUGCGCUCGAGCUUAAGCCUAGCUACUUGAAGUAACCUGCAGGAAGUUGUUUUGUCAAUUGUUUUGCUCCUGAAGUGUUUGUUAUUAUGUCUCUGUUGUUUGUGAAUGAUGGCAUCUAUAGAAUAGGAUGAGGAGAAAUGUUAAUUUGCAAUUUGUAGAGUAAAUGAAUCCUUGUUUGCAUUCAAUCUACAUCACUCUCCGUCCUCCUUCCAUCAUUUCAAAGUUUAGGUGACGUGAUUUUUCAAUCAAAUUAAAAAUCAA